AUGGAGCAUGGCAAGGGGCCUGCUCCUGUUCUUGUUUCUCCCUACAAGCCAUGUAGAGAUGGCGGGCAACGGAUGGUUGGGAUAACCAUCCCUGCCAUAUCGAACAAGGUCUUCUGGUAUGACGGGGUCAGAACCGUCAGAGACCUAUGCGGAGCAGUUCUCCGCCAGAAUCCUAUCCUAGAUAGGAAACGCCUCACCAUCCUGAUGGAUGGUAAACGUGCUGGGUUUUACGAUGUAAUCCCAGAGAGAGCGGUAGUCACCGCAUACUACCGCUUCGUGGUGAAGAGACACCCACCCAACAGGGCCCAAGGUGCCGUAGACGGCACCGACGACAAAGCCAAUUCGGGCAAAGUAAUUGCCCAAGAACAACCAAGCUCUCAUAGAGAGCAACCGUCUUCUCCCCCAGCAGCAAAAGAAGCUGCAGAGGAGGUCCAUCUCGGGGACCUCCUGUCGUUCGAUGAGGUCCCUGAAGUGGACCUCCUCUCGUUCGACGAGGUUCCCGAGAUGGACCUCUUGUCGUUUGACGAGGUCUCGGACCGAACCACGGAACCAAAGGUUCCAAGAUAUCACAUCUUGGACCUUUACGACAACGGGAUGGGCCUCCUGAGCCAUUGGGAGGCCCUCCCACUAUUCAAGAGCCGCCGGGCUACGCCCAAGUCACUCCUCGACCUUUAA